ACCUUAUUUAUGCACAGUUUAGUUUUCAACUAUUUUCACAUUCACAUGUGUUUCUGUGCUUUAAAUUUUUUCACAGCAAGUGUAACCAUCUUCCAGCCUUCAUCCUUCUUCAUCAUUGUGCAAACAGCUGUAGGACUUCAGGUGGAGGUUCAGUUAGGCUCAGUAAUGCAAAUGUACAUUUAUCUAGAGCCAAAGUGGAGAGAUCAAGUGCUUGGACUCUGUGGCGACUACAAUAAUGUUCAAAUGGAUGACUUCAAAGUUCUUAGUGGAGUUAUUGAAGGAACUGCUGCCUCUUUUGGUAAUACCUGGAAGACCCAAGCAAGCUGCCCAAAUGUCUUAUCAUACUUUGAUAAUCCUUGCUCUCUCAGUGUUGAAAAUGCAAAUUAUGCUCAGUUUUGGUGCUCAAAAUUGACUGACCCUGCAGGACCUUAUGCACAAUGCCAUUCUAAAGUGGAUCCACUGCUAUACAAAAUGAACUGUAUGUUUGACUCUUGCAACUAUGCCAAUAGUGAAAACUACAUGUGUGCAGCUCUCUCAUCUUAUGUACAUGCUUGCGCUAGAAUGGGCGUUCUAAUAACAGGAUGGAGAGAUACGAACUGUAAUGCAUCAACAAUUUGCCCAAGCUCAUUCAGUUACAGCUACAAUGUGACAACCUGCCAGCCCACCUGCCGUUCCCUCAGUGAACCUGACGUCACUUGUGAUAUUGACUUUGUGCCUGUUGAUGGCUGCGUUUGUACAGCUGGAACAUACCUCAAUGAAUACGGCAACUGUGUUCCCCGUGACCAAUGUCCCUGCUAUUUCAGAGGCAACAUAGUGAAAUCAGGAGAAACAGUUAGCGACCUUGGUGCCUGGUGUACCUGCACCCUGGGGAAACUAGACUGCAUUGGGCACCUUAAUCUUACAAAAGUGUGUAAGCCCAAUAAAGUCUACUUUGACUGCACAAAUCAAACUUCUAGCACCACUGGUGUUGAAUGUGAGAAGAGCUGUCAGACUCUUGAUAUGAACUGUUACAGCGCCCAGUGUGUGUCUGGCUGCAUGUGCCCUGAAGGAUUCGUAGCAAAUGGAACAGAUGAUUGUAUUAAGGAGGAUCAGUGCCCCUGCGUGUACAACAAUGAUGCCUAUGCAGAAGGAUCAACAAUUACAGUUUCAUGCAAAACAUGCACCUGUAGAAACAGAAUAUGGAACUGCACCGGUGACACUUGUUUGGGAACCUGCGCUGUGUAUGGAGACGGCCACUAUUACACAUUUGACAGCAACAGAUAUGGUUUUGGUGGUGACUGCCAAUACGUCCUGGCUCAAGAUUAUUGUGAGGAUCCCAAUAACGGUACUUUCCGCAUCAUCACUGAAAACAUCCCAUGUGGUAGUACAGGAACCACUUGUUCCAAAUCCAUUCGGUUUUCUCUCGGAAAUAAUGUACUAAUACUUGCUGAAGAAAAAUUUGAAGUGCAGUAUACAGGUCCUGGAACCUAUGUGCCAUACAAAGUGCACCAGAUGGGCAUCUUUUUGGUAAUAGAGACUCUGAAUGGAAUAGUUCUGGUGUGGGAUAAAAAAACAACUAUUUAUAUAAAGCUUCAGAAAGAUUUUCAGCGCAAAAUUUGUGGAUUAUGCGGCAACUAUGAUGGAAGCUCUGUAAAUGACUUCACCACUAGAAGCCUAUCGGUCGUUUCAAAUGUACUAGAGUUUGCAGACAGCUGGAAACAAUCGUCAAGUUGUCCAACUCCUGUAGCAAUCGCGGAUUCUUGCACAGCCAACAUAUACAGGAAGCCAUGGGCAGAGAAAAAGUGCAGCGUCAUCAUUGGUACCACCUUUGCGGCUUGCCAUGCUGUCGUGAACCCAAAUCCAUAUUAUACCACAUGCGUCAAUGAUGCUUGUGCUUGUGAUACUGGUGGGGAUUGUGAGUGUCUCUGUACUGCAAUUGCUGCAUACGCUCAAGCCUGCACUGAGGCUGGAACAUGCGUCAGCUGGAGAACCCCAGAUUUCUGUCCAUUGUUUUGUGACUACUACAACCUCGAAGGACAGUGUGAAUGGCACUAUGAAGCAUGUGGAGCACCAUGUAUGAAGACUUGCAGGAACCCCACUGGAUUGUGCUAUUACAAGCUAAUGGGCUUAGAAGGUUGUUACCCAGUAUGCCCACCUGACAGACCAUACUUUGACGAGGAAAGAAUGACAUGCGUCAGAUCUUGCUGUUUUGAUAAAAUAGGAAAAAACUACCUAUUUGGUCAAGUGAUGCCCAGAGAGGCCGCAGAUUCUAAUUGUACCAUCUGCGUUUGCACCAGAGGAGGAAGGCAAUGCUUUACUGAUACAGGUUGCUGUAAAUAUGAUACAACAUUGUAUACAACAUCACAACCAGUAUACUGUACUAGUGAUGGACUGGGUGGUAGUGUUCAUGCCAUAUGUGAGAAUGGAACAAUCACAAGAUUCGCUACAGAUUCACCUUGCACAGAAACAACAUCAUCAACUACCACAACCCAUACGACAACCACGACCCAUCCAACAACCACAACUUCAAUGACAACAACUACAACCCAUCCAACAACUACAACUACAACCGAGUCAACAACCACAACAACUUCAAUGACAACAACUACAACCACAAGUCCAACAACAAGCACAACCUAUCCAACAACCACAACAACAAGUCCAACAACAACAACAACCACAACCCAUCCAACGACCACAAGCCACCCAACAACUACGACAACAGCAACAUCCACUACAAUAACCACAACAAGUGUUACUACAAUCACAUCUACUAAAACACGAGGUUGUACUACACCCUCUUCUCGUCUCAUCACUUCCCCUGGUGCUGGUCUUGGUACUUCACCUGGUGCUGGUCACACCAAUUCACCCGGUGUUGGUCUCACCAAUUCACCUGGUGUUGGUCUCACCAAUUCACCCGGUGUUGGUCUCACCAAUUCACCCGGUGUUGGUCUCAACAAUUCACCCGGUGUUGGUCUCACCAAUUCACCCGGUCUUGGUCUCACCAAUCCACCCGGUGUUGGUCUCACCGAUUCACCUGGUGUUGGUCUUGCCACUUCACCUGAAGCUCCUUCCUACACAUAUCCAGACACAUCUCCUUGGUGUACAUUGACCCCAUGGAUUGAUGUAAGCUAUCCAAAAUUUGGAGGAACCGGAGAUGAUGAAUCUUUUGAUAAUAUCAGAAAAAAUGGAAUUUCCAUUUGUAAUGAGACUAUGACUAUUAUGAGUGUUGAUUGCAGAGCAAAAGAUUUUCCAGAUGCUUCACUGGAUGACUUAAAACAAACCAUAACAUGCAACAAAGAUGUAGGUUUGAUUUGCUUAAACAGUGACAAUUUCCCAAUAUGCUUUAACUAUGAGAUCCAAAUUCAAUGCUGCAGCAGUACUAAAGCUAUAGAAAUAACAACAGAAAUACCUACAGAGACAUCAGAGAUACCUAUAAAAACAACAUUAACUCCUAUUGAAACAACAGAAAAAUUUUUGGAAACAACAGAAUCAUUUUUGGAAACAACAGAAACAUUUUUGGAAACAACAGAAACAUCUGUUGAAACAACUACAUGUUCAAUGACUACAACAGCAACAACUACAACCAGUCCAACAACAACCUCAACCACCACCCAUCCAACAACUACAACAAGUACACAAACAACAACAACCACAACUCAGCCAACAACAACAAGUCCAACAACAACAAGCCAUUCAACAACCACAACGACAAGUCCAACAACCACAACCACAAGUCCAACAACCACAACCACAAGGCAUUCUACAACCACAAGUCCAACAACAACAACCACAACCCAUUCAACAACUACAACCACAAGCCAUCCGACAACUACAACAACAACACCCACUACAAUGACCACAACAAGCGUAACUACAAUCACAUCUACUAGAACACGAGUGUCUUCAAGGAGCUACUGUAUCUAA